AUGCCAUCUGAACAGAAGCAAUUUUUUUGUGAUGAAAAACCAACUACGUUAGAAAAAGAUUAUGAUGUGGAAGAUAUAAUAGUUAUUGAUGCUGUAGAGUCAGAAGAACCAAGAAUUUUAGAAGAUAAUUCUCCUUAUGAACUGAAAAAUGUGAAAAUUGAUUUGCCCAAGAUAAGUAUUCCAGAUGAAACUCCAUUGAUGCAUGAAGUUGACACAUAUAGACAAGUGUUUGAGAAUAAACCACAGACUGCCAGAAAAUCUGUUGGCAAAGAGAAAGUAGAUGAAAGUCCUUUAAACUCUUUAGAGGAGGGUAACAUGUGGCAUAGACCCAAUGUAGGAAAUGAAGAAGGAAUGAAAAUGUCUGCAAAAAUACUUAAUUUCAGCUGUACAAAAUGUAGAGACAAUGUCCGAUAUAGCCCAAAUGAUUUGCAGAAACAUUUUCAGCUUUUGCACUAUGGAGAAUUACCUUUAUAUCCUUGUGAGAUGUGUAAUUUUUCUGCAAAUGACUUUCAGUCAUUUAAACAACACAGACUUAUCCACCGAAGCACUUUAGUAAAAUGUGACAUUUGCAAUGAUGAGAAGGUAUAUACCUUAUUAGACUUGACAAAACAUUUUGCAGUUAAGCAUUGUGUUAAUGGUAAUUUUCAAUGUGAAAAAUGCAAGUUUUCUACCAAGGAUGUUGGCACAUUUGUUCAGCAUAUUCACAGACAUAAUGAGACUCACUAUAAAUGUAGUAAAUGUCAUCAUAUAAGUUUCACCAAAGGAGAGUUUGAGCAGCAUCUCUUAGUUCAUUCCACUACUUUUCCCUUCAGUUGUCAAUAUUGUAACUAUAGUUCUGCUGGGAAGGACCAACUUGUAAAACAUGUUAUAGCUUUGCACAAAGAUCAACUGUAUGCAAAAGAUAAACUGGAAAAGGAAAAAUGUGAAAAAAGGAUAGUAAAGACUACAGCUGGACUUAAGCUUAUAUUACGACGAUAUAAAAUAGGAACAUCAAGAAAGACACUUUGGAGACAAAAGAAAGAGAACAAUGGAAAUGACAGCUAUGUAGAAAAAAGCACACAGGUGCUUAUUAAAAACAUUAAUAAAAGUCAGAUUAAAUCUGAAGAACAGAGUAAUACAAUGGAACAUUUACAUGAAGAAAAGAAUGAAAUCAUACACAUUGAAAAACAAAGUCAGAAGCAAGAUGAGUCAGAAUCAGAAACAAGAAACCUCUUACCUACCAGUCAGAGUAGUAGAUCUGAAGAGGGAUCAAGUUCUAGUUUUGGAUUUUUAAAGAAUGUUAUACAUGGACCUGCAGUACUGAUGUUGAAAAAUAAUAAAAUAACAGUUCCUGCCAACUACAGUGCUAAGUUUAUGGGGUUCAAGAUGGUAGACGGAAAACAACACAUAGUUAUAAAAUUGUUGCCUACCAGUAAAUCAGAUUCAUGUUCUCCAGGUCUACAGCCAGGUACAGUAAAAGACAACACAACUGAUUUGCAGCGUCAUACAGCUGAAACCACUGGAUUAUCUACAGGUGCUACACUGCAUACAUCUGAAUUAAAUAACACAAUUUGCACUAACACAUCUAAUCCAUUAUCAUUUUCUACUCCUCUGUUUUCAGGGAAUGCAACUUUGGAAAAAGAAAAGGCUGUUUUGGCUCAAGCUAGGAGUAAGUCUCAAAUAGUAGGUACUGAGAAUAGUACACCUCUCUUGUCAACAAAUUCAGAAUUGACUGCAGCUCCUUUAAAUUUGACCACUAAAAUUAGAAUAAGUAAUAAUGUUGGAGCAUGGGGAAGUUGUGUUACUCAAAGUCAUCCUCAGGUAUUGUAUGCCAUAGUUAAGAACCCAGUUAACGUGGAAUCUGUUGAAGUAAAUUCUGUUGAACCAAAAGCACAACAUAGUGGAAUAUUGAAUAACUCCAGUGUUAAUGAUCUCAACUAUAUGCCAUUCUCUAGCCAAGGAUCAUUACCUUUUCAUAAUUACUCAAAAAUGGACUAUUUGGAUAACUCAUGCAGUAUUUCAGCAACAGCACAUGAAAACUCUGAAGAAUCUUCAUCAAGCAAAACAGCUGUUCACCAGCAUAGCUCAAGAAAUGAAUCAGGCUUGUCAUCAGUGGGGAUGAGCACAAAUCCAGAUCUCCAUGAAACAUCUCCUUCAAAGAUUUGUCAAACUUAUUGCCCUUUAAACACUAAAGAUACUUGUGAACCUUUAAAAAACCAUUGUGAAGUUGACACUGAAAUUUUAGAAACAGUACAAAAUAUUGAAACACAGAGUCCUCAAACUGAUACAAAUCAAGGCUUAGAGGAUGUAGCUGAGAAAUCAGAUUGGGAGAAUAUCUCUUCUGUUGAUUCAUUCACAAUGCCCAAAAUCACAUCUGUUUUCUCACUGCAGAGUACACAGGCAUCUGAUUUUUGGUCACCUGAAGAAACCCAGUUGUUACAAAAUGUAUUGAAUGACAAAUUAAGUUUGGGAAAAGACUCUGAUAUUACACCAAAUAAAGGAGUUCAACUUCAUGAUGAGCUACUUCUGAAAAAUGAAGGCAAGAGCAACAUUACUGAAUAUUUGAAAGGUUCAGAAAGCCCUUGCACUUUACCCAUUUCAUCUAGUAAUGUGGGGAUUAGUGUACAUACAAAAGAUCUUAAUGCCAGCAACUGUACAGAAAAUACAGAAAUGGAUUGUGGGAAAGAAAAGCAAGUACUAUCAACACCAAAUGAUUUGGGAGACUCUGAGAAAAUACCCAGAAUUGCUGUUGUUGGCUCAUUAGUUAAGACCCAGUCUGAUACAAGAAUAACUCAGCAGCUUGUAAAAGACAAAAUACAAGCUACUCCAGAUAGUUCCAAUGGCCUAGGUUCUUUUCAUGUGCUGAGCCCACCAAUAAACUCUGAACCAAAAAAAAACAUUUUAGUUCAGUCAUCUCCUAAAGGAUUUAUUUUACCUUUGCAUCUUGCUAACAAAUCUGGAUUACAACUUGUUUCAGGAAGAAGUCUUUCAUCAACUAAUCCACCAGGUAUUUAUAUGACUAAAGGUAUAUCAUCAUCUCUCCUUUUAAACAAGAAACCUGGAAUGAUUCUAAGGUUAAGUAAUGGAGGGCUUGGAAGUGUUGCCAAUAUUACAGGUGAGAGUUCUCAAGUUCUUGGUGGAGCUACAGCUAAGGAGCAUGACAAAACACCUUCUGUAAAAGCAGAUUUGCAAAAGAUUAGUCCUACAAAUAUAAUUUCCUCCUCUACAGUUGAUAGUAGGCCUGAUAUGACAGUUAGUUCAGAAAAUAGCAUGCCAUUUAAAGGAUCAUAUAUUUUUAGAAACCCAGCAGAGUCUUCAGUGAAUGAAAAUUCUUCUCAAAAUAUAGUGCCUGGGUGUCAAAGCACUAAGUCACCGUCUUUGGGUUCAGUAAGACAGCCAAGUGAAGCUCAACAGAAACAAUCUCUUUAUGCAUUGUUGCCCGAUGGCCGUCAGGCAGUUCUCCUAAGAUGCGUGACUCCCAGUAAGUCGCAGGUAGGAUCUUCUGAUUUAUUACAGAGUAGCACUUAUGAUCAUCAAAAUCAUCAACCAAAGAAAUCUGGAGCAACACAACAAAAAAUACUGCUGAAAAUUAUUAAGAACCCUGCUUUUGAUAACAGUAAGUCAGUAAAGAGCCCUAAGUCUUCAUUACAGUUAGACAUCAUACAAUCUCAUCAAACUUCCACAGCAGAGGAGAAACAACCUGUCUCUUCUAGUGAUGCCUUACUCUUAACAAAUAGAUUGAUGCCAGCAAAUGCAACUGUCGCAACCUCUACAGCAAUAUGCACCAUACCUCCUCAAGGGACAGUGUGUACCACUACUCAUCCAGAAACCCAGCUUUUAAGGUGUCAAACAAAUAGUUCAUUUCGGAGUGGCUUCAAUAAUGGAAAAUCUACCAGAAGACAGAUUUCAAAAAUGAAAACUAAUGUACGACAUAAAGCUUCUGAACCCUUGAUUACAUAUGAAAACAGGAACUUUGGACCAAAAUGUAGAGAGAAUUUCCAGGAAUGGCCUAGAAAAAAAGUAAUGUUGCACAGGAAGAGUAAAAGAAAAACGAAAUCUGAAGAUUUUCAUGACACAUUUGACCUUUAUAGGCCAAGGUUUCCUAAGGAUACAGUUAGGACUUUGCGACUUUUCCCUUUCAGUUCUACACAGCUUAUAAAAUGCCCUAGAAGAAAUCAGCCUGUUGUGGUUUUAAACCAUCCUGAUACAGAUUCUCCAGAAGUGGUAAAUGUAAUGAAAACUAUUGCUAAGUUUAAAGGGCAGGUAGUCAAGGUUUCAUUGUCAAAAAGAACAAUUCAAGCACUUCUGGAACCAGCAUAUUGUAACAUUUCUAAAGCAGUUACUGAUGAUUUUUCUGCCAAGAGGCAUAAAGUACUUAAACCUGUGAAAGAAAGAUUUGUGUUAAAAUUAACACUUAAAAAGACAAGCAAAAAUAAUUAUCAGAUUGUGAAAACUACCUCUGAUAAUACUUUGAAAGCAAAGUUUAACUGCUGGUAUUGUGGUAGAGUAUUUGACAAUCAGGAUGCUUGGGUGGGUCAUGGACAGCGACAUUUAAUGGAAGCUACUCGAGAUUGGCAUAUGUUAGAAUAA